AUGCCUUUUCCUUUUGUUCUCCCUACCACGUCGGCUUUCUCAUUCUCCUCGAGCUUCACCAGCGAUACCCAUCCCUCAUUGCCCCUCAGCGCUAGUACGUAUCGCGGGGUCGUGAGAGAUGCUCUGAAGAAACACAAGCGCCUCUCACCUCCUUCGCAGUCAUCCCACAUAUCCACUGUUAUCGGGGCCCUCAAUGGCUACGUUCCGUACAUUUUAGCCGUCGAUGCCGGCCUCAACCCGAACGCUCAGUUUGGAGAAAGCAUCAGCCUCAGGGCUACCUCACCACCGACGAUCGAAUGGCGUUCGACACUCUCGGACAAUGCAGUCCCCGGGAGAGAACGCUCCAGGGUAAAGGUUCAGUCUGUGGACUAUGAGAUUGCUUUCACCUUGUCAAGCUUGGCCAACGCAUACACCUUGGUUGCUCGGGCUGCCCUUCACCCGCUAUUUGUGACGACACAGGCCACCUUGGAUGCCCAGCAGCGAACAGCUGCAAUCCAAACGGCAACUAAGUAUCUCCUGGAUGCCGCAUCGAUAUACGACUGGCUGGUCAUCAGGGCAGAGAGAGUGCAAACGGCACCACCUUGCAGCGAUGUUUCGCCGUCAACCCUCCGCGCAAUGUCCUCGCUCGCGCUCGCCGAAGCAACACUCCUCGCAGUCUUGAAAGACGACCCUUACCCAGCCAUUGUUUCUCAGGACCGCAACAAGAAUGACCGCGAGUGGAUGUACAAAGCUCCCGAUAUUCCCAGAGUCCGCGCCCACCUCUUCGCCCGCCUGUGCCUUGCCGCCGCAGAGCACGCUGCCCAGGCGUCCUCACUUUGCCAAGCCGCAGGCCGAGGAUCCAGCAAGAUCAACGAGGGUCUCCUGCGAUAUCUCGAAGAUCUUCGGCGGACUUGCCGUGCUAAAGCAUGUCGGUUCUUUGGUAUUGAUGCUGAGAUCGGCGGCGAGGUUGGGAAGGCCAUCGCUUGGCUACAGGCCGGCCUGCAGGAGCUCGGUAUCGAGUCCAAGUACUCAGCUAAAGGAUCCGGCUUCAGUCGCUUCAAGAAGGAGUGGACCGAGAAGCGCGAGGAGCGGAAAGUGGAGAAGGAAACAGCCUGGGGGGCGGACGGCGGUAAGGUCGAGGAAACGAGAGUGGUUGAGUUCCUUGAGGUCAAGUGGCAGAAGCUUAACGAUACGAUGAACGUCCAGAUCAUUCCGCCGGUCGGGCCCUUGCUGGCUCAGAUGCCGUCUGGCCGAGAGAUUCAUGCCCUCAAGCCAUAUCAGCCUCCAACGCUGGACCCAAGUAUCCUGGACGCCAUGCGCGCACCGCCAGAGAGGAAAGACGACUAUGGAGAUGCUUUGAGCUCGGACGAUGAGGCAAAAGGUUUCCCCGCCUUCCCUGUCGAGCAAAAGGGUACCGGUCCGAUGCGGAGGCUAUCAAUUAUCCAGCCCGGUCGGGAGGACUACGUUCACCGACGCAAGGUUUCCUUCUCGCCGACCAUGCUUAGCGCGGUAACAUCCCCCGUCACCAGCACCAUCACGACAUCCAGCAGCACAUCCUCCGCCUCGACCACGAAAAGCAACAACCCAAACGAUAUAAGACACAGUGUCCUUGUCAAUGGCCUCCCUCCGCCGUCUCCGUCGCUUCCCCUCCCGUUCAAUCUCACCGAUAGGGGUCUUCUCAAUCGUGACUGCCAUGUUCACAACGAGUGGAUCGAGUCCCGGAGCAAGAAGCGCUUCGCGAUUAUAGACCCGGGGACAGGUCGCGUAUGGGCUACAUGUCCCGACUGCACCAAGGACGAUGUCGGCCCAACCGUCAGAUCCGCCUUCUCCGGGUUCCAAGGGUUCUCAGCCGAUACUUCGAACCACGAACGAGCUCGUCUUCUGACGGCUUGGCAUCAUCUCAUCAUCGCCGCCCGCCUCGACCUCGCCACGAUUCUCGUCCACGAAACAGGGAAGCCGCUGGCGGAGGCAUUGGCCGAAGUUGACUACGGCGCAGGCUUGGUCAGGUGGUUUGCCGGUGAGGCCGACCGCUUUCCGCAAGCUGUUCUUCCAACCUUUCCGACUUCGCCUAUAUCCCCUCGAACCCCUUGCACCCCUUCUACGCCGGCUACAAUUGGCGGUACCCCGACAUCAAGCGGUUUCAGAAUGAGACGGCCUGCGGUUCUUAAGCAACCUGUUGGUGUCGUUCUCGCACUCGUGCCUUGGAGCUUCCCGCUUGCGCUUGCCCUCCGCAAGUCCGCAGCCGCGCUCGCGGCGGGAUGUACUGUCAUUAUCAAGCCUUCAUCUGAAACGCCUCUCACCGCGCUCGCGAUAGCAUGUCUAGCAAACCGAGCGGGAUUUCCUGCCGGCGCUCUCAACGUGAUAACAACCAGCUUGGGAAACACACCAGAUGUCGCCGAAGCGCUAUGUAUGCACCCUCUGGUCAAAGCAGUUAGUUUCACAGGCAGCGCGCGCGUCGGUAAGCGAGUUGCCACGACAUGCACUCGAAAUUUGAAGCGUCUGUCGCUCGAUCUGGGUGGAAACUGUCCCUUUAUCGUUUUCGAUGACGCAGACUUGGAGAAUACCGCCAAGGAACUGGUGGCACUGAAGUGGCGGCAUGCAGGACAGGCAUGCAUUGCGCCGAACCGAUGUUAUGUCCAGAGGCGCGUCUAUGAUUCCUUUUCGGAACUGGUGGUUCAAGAGGCGGAGAAGUUGAAAAUAGGUCAUGGGAUGGAGCGGGAGACGACCUUGGGACCACUGACGACGAUCCGUGGUCUGUACAAGGCAGAAGCGUUGUGCAAGGACGCUGAGGAAAAGGGGGCUUCCGUGCUUCUGGGCACUGGAAGGAGAGAGCCCGGGGAUGGAUACUUCAUGUCACCGACCGUUUUGGGAAACAUGACGGAUUCGAUGCUCAUGUGUCGUGAGGAGAUUUUCGCACCGAUCCUCGGGCUUUACAUAUUCGACACUGAGGACGAGGUUGUGAAGAAGGCAAAUGACACGCCUGUCGGGCUUGCUGGUUAUGUCUUUACGAAGAGCUCUGACCGGCUGACUAGCAUGUUUGAACGACUGGACGCGGGGGUUCUCGGAAUGAACACUGUCUCUCUCGUGGCGGAUUGCCCCGCGCCUGCGGGCAACAACGGGAACGGAUACGGAUCUGGCUCCAGUUCGGCUACGACGUUGGAAGAGUUUCUUAUUACCAAAUCAGGCGCAAUGAUGAUACGCCAGGAUUGA